CCUUGGAGAAAUCUGGUGAGGAACAUGAUGGCCAGAAUUCUAUGGAGCCAUCUGUGAAUUCAUUGGGAAGAACAAAAAAACAGUUUAAAUGCCUGGAACGUGGGAUGUGCUUUAGUCACAGUGGAAGACUGAGGACACAUCAACGAAUCCACAUAGAGGAGAAACCAUUUAAAUGUACUGACUAUCGAAAGAGCUUCAGGGACAAUGGAACUCUUAGAAAACAUCAAGGAACUCACACAGGGGAGAAACCAUUUGAAUGUAUUGAAUGUGGAAAGAGCUUCGGUAAAAAUGGAGCACUAAGAACACACCAACGAACUCACACGGGGGAAAAACCAUUUGAAUGUACUGAAUGUGGAAAGUGCUUCAGUCGAUAUGGAACACUUAGAAUGCACGAACGAACUCACACAGAGGAGAAACCAUUUAAAUGUAUUGAAUGUGGAAACAGCUUCAGUCAAAAUGGAAACCUUAGAAUACAUCAACGAACUCACACAGGGGAAAAACCAUUUGAAUGUACUGAAUGUGGAAAGUGCUUCAGUCGAUAUGGAACACUUAUAAUACACCAACGAACUCACACGGGGGAGAAACCAUUUGCAUGUAUUGAAUGUGGAAAGAGCUUCAGUCAAUAUGGAACACUUAAAAUACACCAACGAACUCACACGGGGGAGAAACCAUUGAAAUGUAUUGAAUGUGGAAAGGGCUUCAGUGAAAGUGGAGCACUUAGAAGACAUCAACGAACUCACACAGAGGAGAAACAAUUUAAAUGUAUUGAAUGUGGAAAGAGCUUCAGUAGAAGUGAACACCUUAGAAGACAUCAACUAACUCACACGGGGGAGAAACCUUUUAAAUGUAUUGAAUGUGGAAAUAGCUUCAGUCAAAGUGGAGCACUUAGAAUACACCAACGAACUCACACGGGGGAGAAACCAUUUAAAUGUUUUGAAUGUGGAAAGAGCUUCAGUAGAAGUGGACACCUUAGAGUACACCAACGAACUCACACGGGGGAGAAACCAUUUGCAUGUAUUGAAUGUGGAAACAGCUUCAGUCAAAAUAGAUACCUUAGAAUACAUCAACGAACUCACACGGGGGAGAAACCAUUUAAAUGUUUUGAAUGUGGAAAGUGCUUCAGUGAAAGUGGAGCACUUAGAAGACACCAACAAACUCACACGGGGGAGAAACCAUUUGCAUGUAUUGAAUGUGGAAACAGCUUCAGUCAAAAUGAAUACCUUAGAAUACAUCAACGAACUCACACGGGGGAGAAACCAUUUAAAUGUAUUGAAUGUGGAAAGAGUUUCAGUAGAAGUGGACACCUUAGAAUACAUCAACGAACUCACACGGGGGAGAAACCAUUUGAAUGUAUUGAAUGUGGAAAGAGCUUCAGUCAAAAUGUAAUACUUAGAAGACAUCUACAAACUCACAUAGAGGAGAAACCAUUUAAAUGUACUGAAUGUGGAAAAAGCUUCAACAGGAAGGAUAAACUUACAUUACAUUGGCAAACUCACACAGCGGAGAAGCUUUAGUCAAUAUGGAACCUUAGGAAAUAUCCACUAAUUUACAUGGGGAGGUCUUAAUACAGUGGUACCUCGGGUUACGUACUUAAUUUGUUCUGGAGGUGUAUUCUUAACCUGAAACUAUUCUUAA